ACACCUCCCUCUGUUGCUAAAGGUUUCUACUGUCCAGUAGGCACUUUGAACUGUAAUGUGUUUCUGUUACGACUCCAUUGCUGUCGUACCCAUUUGAUCUAAUCUAUAUGUUUGCUUGCGUAUGUAUCGGAUUCUGACAACUGUUAUUUCACCGCAAAUGAAUUGUGAAAUGCAUCGAAUUCCAUUUUCUGUUAACCUCUUCCGGCUUCCGUCCUUUCCGUUCGAACUCCCAACUUUAAGGUAAUGUAACUUUAAGGUAGUUUGCUGUCGUUCAAAGCAGAAGACAACUUCAUCACAGUUUUGUGAGAUUCUAGUUGGUUGCCCAUGGCUGUCAGUCGAUUGGACGUCCUUUACAGACGGCUUCUACUCACCAAGCUUUUCAUACAGGGCUGGGGAAAACCUGAAGAUUUUAAGAGAAUCUUCGAGUUCCGUAAAAUCAUUGGGGACAGAGAGAGAUGCAAGCACCUGGUGCCAAAAGACUAUCCGGUUUACAUGGAUAAGAGAGAAGACCACUUCGACUGUCAUAUCCAUAAUGGGUACUUCAUUUCUCCUAUGGAACACUUGGUGCCUGGAAUACUGCCAACAGAGGCUGUUAAAGCAAGGUUUCAAUUCAUAGUUCCGAAGAGGUGGCAGAGAAAUAAACCAGUAUGCAUCCACUUGGCUGGGACUGGAGACCAUUUUUUCUGGCGUCGACGAACCCUUAUGGCCAGACCGAUGGUCAGAGAGGCGGGAAUGGCCUCCCUGCUGCUGGAGAACCCUUACUAUGGCUACCGUAAACCUAAAGACCAGCUGCGGUCCUGUUUGAAGAACGUCUCCGACCUGUUGGUGAUGGGCGGAGCUUUGAUCCUGGAGUCAGCCGUCCUCCUCAACUGGCUGGAGAGAGAAGGCUUCUGGCCACUGGGGAUGACUGGCAUCUCAAUGGGCGGCUAUAUGGCGUCUCUGUCUGUGACUAACUGGCCCAAACCCAUUCCUCUGAUUCCCUGUCUCUCCUGGUCGACUGCAUCGAGUGUCUUCACCACGGGUGUUUUGAGUAAAGCUGUGAAUUGGCGAGAACUGGAUAGGCAGUAUGCAAUUAACUCAGUUUAUGAAGAGGAAAUUAGUAAGUUUCUUGAAUACUGUGGGGUGGAUUCUUUUAAAAGGGCCCAGGAUCUAGUAAAUAUCUCCCAGGACAGUUUGAGUUCACUAGACCAUCUGGUGUCUUUCAGUGGAGAUGGAGAAGAAACAAUCCGUUAUCCCAGAUAUAGAGUGGGGAUAAGUGGGGAAUCGGAUGGAAACAGUUCUAAAGAUGCACUAGAAAAAAAUGUCUCAAACAAUAGGAGACAUUGCUUUGACACUCUUCCAAGGCCAGCUAAUGAUGCUGUACCUACUGACAGCAAGGACUCUGCAACUAACUAUCAGCCAUUCUCACAAUGGGAGUCUCUUCGUUUCAUGAAGGGAGUAAUGGAUGAAUGUACACACAUGGCUAACUUUCCACUCCCUGUAGAUCCCAGUCUUAUUAUUGUGGUUCAAGCGGAGGAGGACGCCUACAUACCUCGUACCGGAGUCCUCAGUCUACAGCAGAUAUGGCCUGGAUGUGAAGUCAGAUACAUUAAGGGAGGACAUAUCGGCGCGUAUCUAUUCAAACAGAACCAUUUCAGAAAAGCCAUCUAUGAUGCCUUUGACAGAUUCCAACAGAAAUACUCAAACCAUUAAUAGCAAGGACAGCCAUGGAUACCUUUUUCCAAGAACAAACCAAAGACUUGGAUGAAAUACUACACUGAACUGAAAACAUUUGCCUGUACUCCUUGAGGAACAUUAUGUAGUUUAACAAUCACGAUUUUCUUAUGAAACAUAAUCUAUGUACACAACUGUUUGAAAUAUCAGUUUAAGCUUCAAACUGGUUGAAAUAAACUUGCCUACUAUUAUUAA